UUUCAAAUUAACAGUGCCGUAACAUUAAGAUUAACAGAACGCGCAUAACAGCACCAAGUGUGCAUUUGCUUCUGGUUGUGUGUACACAUUGGCCAACAGCUGUUUUUUGUCAAUCUCCGCCACAAUAAUUACGUAAAUUUCGGCAGCAAACCAUGUCGCUGCUCCGUUCGAAAUACUACGACCAUCCCGAUGGCGAGGAUGCCUUUGGCAAGAUAGUGGCCACCAACAAGUACGCGGUAUCCGCCGGCUUGGCCUGGUCCAUGUUCGACGUCCUGACGCUCUCCAAGCCGCAAGGAUACCUGCCCACUCUGGGCCGUUUCGCCUACAAUACGGGUCCACUGAUGGGCAUGGCCACGGCAUUUACCCUGACCACCCUGGCGGCCACAAAUGCCCGCGGCAAGGACGAUAAAAUCAACUACUUGAUCGGUGGUUUCGCGGCUGGUGGCGUCUUUGGAGCUUGGAAACACAACCAUGUAGCUGGUCUGUGCGCCGGCCUCUUCCUGGGCAUCGCCGGAGUCAUCAAGAAGCUGUCCAUUGAACAGGGCUGGGAGUUCUUCCCCGACACGCCGCUAAAGCAAUACGGUGGUCUGAAUAUUGCCGAAAACAACUGGACCAUCAUGGCCGACCGUCCCAAGAACUGGACCACGGAAAAGCCACAGGAGUAGAUGGCGUAAAGUCUAGUUUCCUAUGUUUAGUUUAAUGGUGAUUCGAUGAGAGAACGAUUUGGCAAUUACCGCUUGCCUUGCAACCGAAUAAAAGCCAAGUCAGAAGUGAUAAUGCCACCCCAA